AUCUAAAUGCGCUUUUGAUCUUUUGUUUAUUUUUAUUUCUUUUUAUUCAAGAUGGCGGCGUCCAUAGACGAGUCUGUUUUGCAGUGCCGUGGUAGUACACUCUAGCCGCGGUGAAGCCUGUUGAAGCCGUACGCCGUAGAAAUCAGGCGAAACGUGUGGGCUUUUCGCUGACAGUGGCGCUGAAACAAGCUCUGUUUUUUACGCAGCUGGUUUGCUCUGGUUAUGUAUCUCUUAAGCGUUCGUUUGGGCUGCCGUUCGGCAAAGAAGACGCGGCACUUGAACUACUUCGGAUAGCGGCUGUUCCAAAGAUGCUCAGCGUGCGUGACGAGCGCUUUCACCUACAAUUGGUGCUUCAGCGAGAAUACCUGCAUGUACAAAGCCAGCUCGUGCUCCAAAAACGUCUUCAGCAGAGGAAACAGUCCGCAGAACUCACUGAUGUAUGGACGCCAGCACUGCCUGAGUUUCGACGCCGACUCGUUCUUGCUGCUGGCCAACGGGGGUGCGCACCGAGAUGGCUGUCGAGGCACGAAAUCUACCCAGCUUUACGGACAAAUUCCACUACAUGCUGGACAUCAAAGGCAGGCGGGAACGGGUGCAGGCGAGGUUUCUCAACAACAAGAUUAUCUUCUCACAGGCCAUAGAGGCCGCCGAAGCUCUCACUGUCCUCGCGGAGUUGGGCAUCACUUCUCGGGACAGCGAGCGUGCGCACCACCACCAGAGGUAAAAGAAGAUCGUUCUAGCACUGAUUCCAAUGACGAGACAGACUAAGUUGACGCAGCUUUUCAUGAAAUAAAGGUUUAUCUAUGACGAGUA